GCAAACUAAGAGACUCUCCGUGUUGCUUGAGGGUUAGGGUUUGUGAUGCUCACUAUAGCACGGCAACCUAGCCUGUAUCUGUGUUGAACCUUGCUCUAGUAAUAGGUAUAGUACCGUACCGAGUACCUACCCUGUCCCUCAAUGCAGAUUGAGUGCUCCAUGUCAAGUAUAGAGUUCACAAUCCUGCGUAUCACCGUCUCUCGCACCCUCUCAAGAACAAACCGCACCCCUUCUCACUUCUCAAACCUUCACAGAAACGAACCAGGCUAUGAAACCAACCACUCCCACAAAUUCCGCGGCAUCAAACUCACACCCGGCCUCCGUCUAAAUGCCCCGUCACCCCGGUCCCAGAUUUACAGACCGCCGCCGCCGCCUCUGCCGUCCUCUUAUCCAACCCAGCCACUUGUCAGACUGAGACCAGUUGCCGUGCAGCUCCCGGCCCCGAUGUACCUGCGUACCAUGGAUGGCAUAGGCGAUGUGGGCGAUGGCACCGGACCGGUUUGGGAUGAAUCACCUUGCGGUGCACCUCCUCCUCGUCCUCUCGCCCGCCCUCUGCCACCGCAAGGUCCAUGACUCCUCGGCUCGGACUGAAAUCACUGCGGAGGCUUGCAUCUGGAGGAUUAGGCGCUGGAGGGCCUGGUUUCGGUGAGCUUGGGUGAUAGAAGCUGGCGUGCUGUACUAUGUGCUGUUUCGGCAAAUGCUGCCCUUGAUAAAUCUGGACCACCGUGCUGCUGCUAAUUCCAGAAAACGGCAUGUUUGGUUAAGUGGUCGAUGGCGUAACGUUAAGGUCGCCGCCACUCUUGACAUCAAGAGUACAAUUUCCACGGUGGGUGAUGGUUCAUGGCAAUAUUUCUGAGCACUUGUAGGGUCGCUUUCUAGUAGCGUGAGUGGCCACUACCGCGGACAGGCAUGUCUGUAGCAUCUCGUCUAUGUUCUUGGGGUGGCCAAGACUG